AUGCUUCCAAGCGUGCUGACAACCGGGGUCUCUCCCCCCUUGGGCUCUGUUCGCGUGCUGGUUUCAUCGGACAGUGACCCAACAGGACGGGAAACUCCGGCGUGUGGGGGCCGCUCCAGCAACCCGGCCCUCGCUCAGCUCACUGACAGUGCUCACCGCUCCCUGUCCCCUCCUGCAAGGGGCAGUCCAGGAAACGCGGCUGAGACCCGAAGGAGUCGGGAUGAAAGGGCGGGGGCCUCGACGCCCCUGUCCCGGAAACCCGGGCCUGCCGCCCCUCGGGGGGACCUCCGGCCAGCGCGAGCCUCGACCCCGUGGCGCCGCCGUCCCGCCCGGGGGCCUCGGGGUCCCGCGGGGGCGCGCGGAGGCCCCGCUGAGGGGGUAGGGUGCGGUCGCCGCGGGGCCCGCCGCCCGAGGCCUAGCCGGCACCCCCACCCCGCCCCACACCCCCACCCCGGCCCGGGUAGGCCGCGCCGCUCGCCCCGCUCCGGCCCCGGCUGGACCCCGGUCCGCCCGCCCGCCGUCGCUGCCUGCGGGCGCCCCAGAGGCCCCGAGGUUCCCAGCCCCCGCCACCCCGGCGCCGACCCCUCUCACCCCUCCAUCCUGUGUCCGGGGCCUGGCGCAGGCCGGCGAAUCCCCGGUCUCACAUCUGAGAGGCGCUGGCAAUGGACUAGGAAGCUCGACUGUCGCUGCUACUGCUCCCCACUAGGCUCCGGCGAGAGCCUUUCCCUGUCAAGCAAGAGGGCCAAGGAGGCAGGGCUGUGGGGCUGCACAAGAGGCAGCAGCCUCCUACAGCACCACUACAGGCACUGCGAGGACAUAACACCAGAGAGCCGCUCCUCUGCCCUCCGAAACGACAACUUUCCUACCAUCUUGGAGGCAGAGGAAAGGGGGGCCGGGGGGAAAAGUGCACCCGCUCCCGAUAAAGUACAAAUUUCUACUUCUCAUCUCUGGGAAAAAGUCCACGCCGGCCGUCUACACCAGCGCCUGGGGGGACAAGCGGGGAAGAAACUGGGGGUGCUUGAGAAACGUUUUCAUUUGCACCAGGGGGAAAUAUGUUUCUGCAUCUUCUGAUGGAAAGAAAUCUUACAAGACCCAGGUUUUCCGGUGAUUAUUGUUUUCUAUUUUCUGUUUUUCCCAUGUUAAUGACGGUGGUAUUUUAAAUUUUUUUUUUCAGGGUCAUAACGAUUUUUCUCCGUUACAGAUCUAAGUUCUGUGUCUGGUGGUCAGUUUAUAAAUUUGCACCUCAAGAGACUUCAGAGCCACUUUGUCUAUUUAUCUAUUUAUUUAUUUGUAUGUUUUGUAUAUAUAGAUAUUUUUCUUAUAUAUAAAAUUUUGUGUUAUAUAUUCCUCUCACAACAGAGAUUGCUGCAAGACAAUUGUAAAGGAUGUCUUUUGUCUCCUUUUCUCAAAGCAAUGUAAAUAAAACCUAUUGACUGCCCAGAAAGGCAUGAUAUAGCUGUUUAUUUUUCACAGUGCAAAUAAAGGCAGAGGUCACUGAGGGGUUAAAUACAACUUAAGUACAAUUGACCACGUUUCUGGAAAUAAUCCUAAUUCUGUUAUGGUCUGCCCAUGAAGAAAGAUUACUGUAAAGCUGGAAAUAUAUUUUAAGGACAGCUUUAGAUUUUAAGUAAAAUUGUCUUUUGGCAAUUCAUUAUAUGCAGACAUUUUACUUUUUAAUUUAUUUAAAUUUUUUAAGGUUUAAAUCUUUGGUACAUUACACAGGUUGCUGUCUACUUCCUGUUGUGUCACAGAAUGGAGAGAUGUCCGUUUGUUCGAGUUGAAAUGUCUGUUCAGAACUUCCAGUGUGCUGCCAGCCUGUGUAAAUUACUUUUAAUAUAUUGCAAUAGAUGUCAUCAAUCCUUUUUAUUUAGCCAACCUUAGCAGAUAAAUAGAAUCCAAGUUACCGGAUGCUGAGGGAGCACAGAGUUGAGAGAGAGAAAGGUGCCGCCCACUAAAACAGUUCCCAUAGAACUCUUGCUGGACGAGAGUGAAUUGCAGAGAGAUUUUCCUAUUUUUGUGAGAAAGAGAAGAAUAUUAGAAAAUAACCAGAGGAUCUUUUUUUUUUCUACAGAGAAUGCUGAAUCUUAUACUUAUUUUUCUGACACACGUUGGCUAAUCUAGUGGGAAUUAAUUUAUAAUAUUACUGCCUUGAACAUCUUUCAUUUAAAAUUUAUUACAAGGCAUUUAAAAAUAACUGAUUCUACUUCAAAAUGUUUAUUUUUUGACCUUACAGAUUUGGAAUAUUAACGUAAGUUCAGAUAAUGUAAAAGUGAGUUCAGAAUUGUCUGUGAGUUCAGCAUGUAUCAUUUUACAUGUUUCGUGCUGACCCGGUCUUUAUCACCUAAAUUUGAAUACAGUACUCGAAUCGUUGAGGUUUUCUUUUGCGAUUGUUUUUCUUUCUCUAGUAGAAGAAUGUGAAGUAAUUAAAAUUAAUUAAUUUCCAUCAUCUUGGAAACUUGAGUUGGGAAGUUAUGUUCUGUUGACAUUUUUUAAGAACAGUUGUAGAUCAAACACAUUGGUCAUAACGAGGAAAUUACUGCUCUUCAUGGAGAACUGUAGUGGACUUGAAAAGCGUGUUUCUCAACAACGUGUUCCUUGUGUGUGACAUGAUUGACGGUUUGAAUUUUUUAAGAAACUAAGAUGUGUUUGCUUUAAGCUGACUGCGUCCUUUUAGGCAGCCUCUCUGGUGACCAAUAAACUUGUUUGCAUGCUGUGUAUCUGGGAUAGGGACAUGGUGGAUAAUCUUAGCAUUUCAAUGUCUUUCUCUGUAUAAGCCUUGACUUGGGAAACUAUAGCCCAGCCAAGAAAGAAAUCCCACCUUAUUUGCAAUAUUGGUGAAUUUGAUUGGUCAACAUUUUAUUUCGGUUGAUGAUUGAACUUAGUUCAAUUGCUAUGUCUUUUUAAUUCCUAGAAGCUGCAGGUGCUAACAAAAUUACUGACAUAAUUAAGCGUAAAUAACCCUAUGUUUGCCCAAUAAAAUUCCAAGUACUCAAACUUGGCUAACA